AUGCAGUUUCAUGAACAGCAGCUUGAAGAUUCAUCUCACCUCAGCACGAUCCACAACAUCUCUGACGUGUCAAGAGCGCAAUCGCCCAUCUCUGUAGCAAGCACUGCAAGCACUGCAAGCACUUCAUCUUUACAGUCAGAGGAGGAAACGCCAAAGGGUAAGACAAAGAAAGCUAGAUCGAAGUCGGCUGAUUGGACCGAAAACGAGACUCAAGAUCUUUUGGAAGCGUGGGGGCCCAGGUAUAACCAGCUUCGAAGUGCCUCUCAAAAGGAAAAGAUCAAAAUAUGGAAUGAAAUUUAUUCAUUUUACAAGAAUGCCUUUCCCGAGAGCCAGAGAACCCUUCAACAGAUCAAGAAACGCCAACAGAAUUUGGAGUACCAGUAUGAACACCUAAAACAGCGAACUCAGAAGACCGGAGAAGCUGGAAUAAAAAUCAUCAAAGAUGGCUUUCCAUAUUUUGAUUAUUUUGACGAAGUAAUGGGGCAUCGCGACUGCGUAAAUCCGGCAAAAAUGGCCGUUGAAGGAAGCUCCAUCUUUACUAGUACAGAGCAGAAAGGAGGCUCAGUAGAAAGUGAAGAUGUUCCGGAGGAAAGCAGUCCACCAGCCUCAAAUCCGAGCGCAAACUCUGGCAAAAAGAAGGCAGACGACAAGCCCGCAGAAAAGAGUUGCCGUAAGGGAAAACUACGGCGUCGAGAUGAGCCAGAACCGAGUGGAUCUUCUGCAGGUGAAUUCCAGACAGCCUUUAUGGAAAUGUGGAAGCGUAGUAUUGAACAAGAUAACGAGAGAUUUGAACGUUCUGCUGAAAUGUUUCGCGAGGCCCAGAACAAGCAAAUGGAUCAAACAAACGCUAUACUUACAGGUUUUAAAGACAUUUUCAAAGACUUGCUGUCAAAGUAG